UCCCACCAUCCCGGGAAUUAACCUUGCACUCCCUGCACAGAGGAAGAAUAUUGGACUAUUUUGCCUUCCAUCACAGUGAGGAAUGUGGGGAAUCCGAGUAGUUGUGUUUCUUAGGUACACAAAAAUGCUGGAGAAACUCAGCGGGUGCAACAGCAUCUAUGGAGCGAAGGAAAUAGGCAAUGUUUCGGGCGGAAACCCUUCUUCAGACUGACUAGUGUUUCUUGUUGCUUUUUAGUAUGGCUGCAUGGUAAAUCGAGUAUCACAGUACCUUAAUUGGUACACGUGACAACAAAAGACCUCUGAAACUGAGUCAGACAGCAUCUCUGGAGAAAGGGAACAUCUCCAGAGAUGCUGUCUGACUCGUUGAGUUACUCCAGCUUUUUGUGUCUAUCUAUGAUAGUCUAGUUGUCAAGGGUUGUGAACCAAACUGCUACAGUAAGCUGUGAUAUAACCACCCUAAAUGUUUGAAAGUAUACACUCGCCUGGCAAGUGGUGGUUUGUCAACGUCUUCCUGUGACUUGCAGCGCUGUUAUUGCGGUUUGGAAGUAGGUAGUUUCACAUCAGGUAAUCAUAUUGUUCUUCUGCUCUCGGUAGAGACAGGAAAUGUGUGCACCGCGCCUCCCCCAAUACCUACUGCAACCGAGGAUGCAACGGGGUCACUUCGCAUGUGCUGGUGACUUGUUCGCUGCAAUCUCGCAGACCCGGUGCUGCUGGACAGCGGUGCUUUGGCCAGGGAGACGUCGUGCCAGCCGGUGGAGAUGCCGGUGAGGUUCAGCGACCCGAGUGAGCUGAUCUCACCCAAGGCGGUGGCGCGGCUGCUGCAGAUACUCUUUACCUGCUCGGCUCUGGGCUUGUCGCAGGCGGCGGGCAGCAACCCGGGCCAGGACGCCAGCUUCACCGCGUUCGCCAUCACCACCUGGUGCAUCUCCUUCACCUCCACCCUCGUCGUGUUCGUCAUCGAGUUCACUCAGCUGCACAGCCUCUUCCCGCCGACCUGGAAGAACCUGUCGGUGGCGCUGGCCGCUUUCUGCGGCCUCAUGAACCUGACCACGUCGCUCACCUACCCGCUGCUGGCGGUGGGCUCCGGACAGGACUGGAGCCGCCGGCCCUGCUCCUACCACGCGGCCGCCACCGCCUGCUGCUGCCUGGCCGUGGUGGCGUACGCGGCCGAGGUGUGUGUGUCGCGGCGCGGCCGGCCCGCCAGCUACAUGGCCACGGGCCCGGGGCUGCUGAAGGUGGUGCAGCUGAACGUAGCCUGCGGCCUCUCCGUCGCCAUGGCGACCGGCGCCUUCCCGGCCUCCCCCGCGCUGUGGGGGGGCGCGGCGGCGCUCGGCGCCUGCGCACUGCUCAGCCUGGUUGCCGUGGUGACGGCGCUGGAGUGCCGGGCCUGCUGCCCGGUGCCGAGGGAGCGCCUCCUCGCCGCCGCCAGUGCCCUCGGAGCCCUCACCUACGGCGCCGCGCUGGUCGGCUGGACCUUCCGCCUCAGCCGGCAGGCGGCCACAGCGACCGGGGUGACAGACUGCGGCUGGAAAGUGUGCCUGAUGUCCACCGUGCUGCUCAGCGUCAACCUCCUGGCCUACGCGGCGGACCUGGUCUUCUCCAUUAAACUGAGCUGCUCCAGGAACUGAGCGCCGUCCGCCGGGGUAUCUCCCGGUAAGUCGGCGCCACCAGCAACCCAAGCUCCAUGUACUGUUCCUUGUGUCUCCAAAAUACUGCGGAAUCCGAGAUAAAACAGAGAAUGUUGUCUGAAGAUCUGAAACGUCACCCAUUCCUUCUCCCCAGAGAUGCUGCCUGCCUCGCUGAGUUACUCCAGCAUUUUCGAGUUUAUCUUCGGGAUUUACAUGUCUGGUCAGUUUGGAACAGGAGGACUUGGACAGAAUAUCGAUCUUGUACACGAGAACUUUCCCAUCCGAAAUAACAUCUACCCAUCUGUUCUCCAGAGAUGCUGCCAGACCUGUUGAGUUACUCCAGCACUUGUGUGGAGUGUCCUUUUGUGUAAACCAGCAUCUGCAGGUCACUAUUUCAACGUGUUUACCAAAAUGGGUUUUGGGAUGGGAAUCAGGAAUUGGAUACAACUGUAGACAUAAAGAUCUGGAGAUGCUGGUUUACAGAAAAAGACACAAAGUGCUGGAGUAACUCAGCAGCAUCCGGGGAGGAAUGGACAGGCCACGUUUCGAUCAUGUUUCAAUGUCUCAGUCAAUUUUUGGUGUCUCCAAAAUGCUGAGGAAUCUGAGAUAAAACAGUCAAAUCUAUUCUAUUCUUUACACGAUCCACAAUCAACGCUUAUAUUGUAACAAAUGGGGAUUUCUGUGUGCCAGAAACCACACUGCAUUAUGAGCCAUCAGGUAAAGCCUGCCUCUUGCCAAUUUAUCACCUGUGAAACUGGCUUAAGUUAAAGUGGAGUUUCCACCUUCAGAAAAUAAACAUUACCCCGUGUGGAGGUGAUUUAAUGGCUGUAAAAGCAGUGAAUCUACCUGAUUUGUCAAUUAUAACGUUAAAUAGUUGAGAGCAAGUUUUAGUGCGUGAACAUAUGCAACUAAAUGCACGCAUAUUUUGCAGACUUCUGAGUAAUUUCUGGAAAUAAUGGAUUGAAAAUAUCUGACGACUUAAUGUCAAUAGUUUUUUCUUUUGGUAUGAGAUUUUAAUGCUCGACAAGAUAAUGCUCCUCAAAGAAAAUAUUUUUUUAUACUGUGUAUGUAUAUAGUUAUUCUCGUAUUUUGUAUUAUUUUUUAUAAAGUUUGUUUAUGAUAAUUCAUUUACUUUCUUAAUUGU